AAAUUUCAAACGUCUGGUACAUGCUAAGCAAGAAAAGCUAGUUUCAUAAACUCUCACACCAACCUUAUCCCAUAUUGAUCACCCCUGCAAUCCAUUGAAAUUUAUGUUAGAAAAGAUACCCAAAAACAUUGUUUUUCUAAAGGAGGAAUUCUUCUUCUAGCUCGCCAUGCAAGAGAUGAAAUUUUGAAGACUCCAUCAGAUCAGAUUCUGUGUGGUUUUUAGGCUUUUGGUUUCUUCAGUAUAUGUAUGUGGUCUUCUUGUAGUAUAGAAGAUUAUUAGCUAGUUGGAGAAGACAAGGAUAAGGGAAGAUGGAGGAAGAGAGGAAGGAGGAAACCUUGCCUCCAGGGUUUCGGUUUCACCCCACCGACGAAGAGCUUAUUACUUGUUACCUCAUAAACAAGAUAUCAGAUGCUACUUUUACAGGCCGGGCAAUUGCAGAUGUUGAUCUCAACAAAUGUGAGCCAUGGGAACUUCCAGGGAAGGCGAAAAUGGGAGAAAAGGAGUGGUAUUUCUUCAGCCUCAGGGACCGGAAAUACCCAACUGGAGUAAGAACAAACCGAGCCACAAACACUGGUUAUUGGAAGACCACAGGGAAAGAUAAGGAGAUUUUCAACAGCGUCACCUCUGAGCUAGUUGGGAUGAAGAAGACCUUGGUGUUCUACAGAGGAAGAGCUCCUAGAGGCGAAAAAACCAAUUGGGUCAUGCACGAAUAUCGCAUCCAUUCAAAAUCCGCCUUCAGAACUAGCAAGGAUGAAUGGGUGGUUUGCCGUGUGUUUCAGAAGAGUGCAGCUGGAAAGAAGUACCCAUCAAACCAAUCAAGGGGGGUGAAUCCCUACAGCCUUGAUAUAGGUCCAAGCGUCAUGCCCCCACCAAUGCUGCAGGCAGAUUCUUCCCAGUUCCCCAUGGGAAGAAACUACGUAAGUAAUGCAGAACUGGCUGAGCUUACAAGGGUCUUAAGAGGAGGAUCAACUGGGGGUCUCAACCUACCAAUCCAGUCACAAUUGAACUACCCAUUAGGAGGAGGAUGCUUCACGAUAUCCGGGUUGAAUUUAAACCUUGGAGGGACAUCCACACAGCCAGUUCUGCGGCCAAAUUCUUUGCCUCAGCCCAUGCAGAUGAAUCAACAAGAUCAUAUGAUGACUUCCCCCAUGCUGACUAGUGGGUCUAUCCCUACUGAUCAGACUGGGUAUGGUGCAGAGGUUAACAAUGGAAAUGGACACAACAGUAGGUUUAUGAAUAUGGUCGACCAUUGUGUGGAUCUAGAUAACUACUGGCCUCCCUAUUAAGAGAGGAUUUGAUAAGAAAAUUUGGUGGACGCCUGUUUCGUCUUUUUGAAUAAUUGGUUAAGACGUUCAAGCUUAGAAAUUGAUGUUAUGACUUCUCAUAAAAUAUAGGUAAGUUUGUUAGCUAUUUUCAUCCUUUUUGGCGUUUUUUCUCUCCUUUUUGGUCGGAUGCAGAUGGGGUGUCAUAGGUGGCUAUCAAGCAAUCAGAACCAGAUCUUGAUUAGCCAUGGAGUCAUCACCACCUCCCAGGUUAAUUUGAAUUCUCAUAUGAUCACAAAAUUAAAAAGCAUUUAUUG